AUGUCUAUUAAUGGCAUUGGUAUGAAUAUGGCCAGCUCAAUAAAACCCAGCAAACUAAAACUGCGUCGGAGUCCGCGCCACUCCACCCCCGCUAAACCCCAAGCAGCCAAGACCCCCUCGAUCGGGGCCCUUAUAAACCCCGUCUCGCCCCGACCAACCUUGCCCUCUCCUUCUUCUCAUCCUCCAUCGCCGCGGCGAAAGCGUCCCCUUCUCCCUUUUCAUCGUUCCGGCUCUUCCGGGUCCAAGGACCCGGCCACAAGUAUACAAGAAUGGCUGUCGCUGCAAUUACCGUCAUGCACGCCGCCCGCCAGACCCCCACGUUCAUCUUCCGUGAACGAGACGCAGCCGUCGGCGUUUGAUUACCAGCAGCACCACCACCUCUCUUAUUCCUCCGAUCCAUUCUAUCUUCCUCCCGAAUUACAUCCCUCGCAACUUACAUUCUCUGAUUUCGACCUCGCCUCGUCCGCGGCCUUUCCUCCCGUUGACCCCUCGUUCUAUGAAUCCUCCGAUCCCUCCUUCCCGGGGUCCGCCUUGUCCUGUCUGAGCGAUAGCAGCUAUCAAGAUCAGAUCCUCGGCUACCCCCUGCCCCCUCUCCUCCCCGUGCCUGCGGCGGAUCCGGACCCGAUUGACUCUCUGCUGAGUUCUCCCGAACUAAGCGAGUCGUUGAAUCUGCUCGGAUCGCCCAGUGUUCAAUCCCAAGAAUCCUCCGAACCCUCCCCGCAAAUGCCCGCCGUCAGCAACACUGCAUCCCCCCUCAACCGGUCUCGAGACCCUCCGAAAGAACCUCCGAAUCGUGUCAAGAAACGGGAACUGAAUACCAUGGCGGCGCGUCGAUACCGCCAGCGUCGCGUGGAUCGGAUGAAUCAGUUGGAGGAGGAACUCGAGGCGAUUAAGCGGGAACGUGAUGAGUUGAAGAUGCGGGUGUCUAAGUUGGAGGGGGAGACGGAGGCUUUACGCAAUGUAGAUGAGAUGCCAGUCACUAUUAUGCCCGAUUCGUAA